GUUGACCUCAGGUGUGUGUUUUUUCUUUUCUGGGGCAUUUUUUGCGGGGUUCUUCCUGCUGAAGGUAAACAUAUGGACGAAGCAGCGAUUUGCGGUAAAAAUAUGAAAACUGUGUUCGAGCGGCGCGGAUUAAAGCGACGAAAAUGUCCGGACAGAAGAGAAGAUAUAACGUACGCUUCCCUGCUAGGCGCAUCAAAAAAAUCAUGCAGAAGGACGCUGAGGUGGGCCGGAUGGCGAUGGCAGUUCCUGUAAUCAUAUCUCGGGCCUUGGAGAUAUUCCUGAAGUCUCUGCUGACCAAAACCUGCGUGAUUACAGAGUCCAAGCUCAGCGCUGUUGUGUCUGUGGCUCACAUGAAGCAAUGCAUAGAGUCAGAAAAGCUCUUCCAUUUUCUCAAAGACUUGGUAGCACAAACCACGCCUACAAGCCAGAAGGACAACAGAAGCAUGAGUAUGUGGCCUUUAUACAGGAACAAACAGCAUGAAGUUUCUGUUAAAAAACCACCUGAAGUGGAGGAAAUGGCUCCGCGAGGUAGCCUCGACUCACUUGACAACGACUCGAGUGCCAGCGAGUCGGAGCUCUACAUCUGCUUAUGACUGUGCAACCAGCGCCUCAUUUCAUUAUGUCUCCUUACAUUUGUCUUUUGUCUCUGCUGUCCUGGAUCUUGGUCACAAAUAAGUGAGGCUAAGUAAUCGCAAUACUUCAGCUGACGUCUACGUACAAGUUGUUUCGUUAGCUCAAGUCCAGCUUUUGGUUGCUACGCAGUGACCUGCAUGAGGAGGUGAGACUGUUUCCAUGUCCCAGCACUGAUGAGG